GAACCCCACAACCCACUUCACAUCAAUCACUAAUGAUUACAUUCAAAUAAUCAACAAGGCCCAAUUUUCUUCUGUUAAAGUCUUUAAGUCAGGCCCAAUAAUUCAGUUAAGAAAAUACUCAAAUUCAAUCUUCAAGCAAAUAAAUUAAAGAGCCAGGGUUUCAAAAACAAAAUGUAAAAAAUUAAAGAGCCAGGUACUCCCAGACAAAUUUGUGUCCAGACUUUGAAAAGUUUAGCUGUUAACAACCAUUGAUUUUCUUUAUAUAUGCCCGAGCCAACUAGCCAAGCAAUUAUUAAGGUGGUUAGAAUAUAAAAAUCACCUUAUCAUCAAAUCAAAGUAUUAAUCUAAACUGCACCCACGGUAUCCAACAAAAAAUUCAUCAAAUUUAAUAUGCAGUAACCGAUGCUAAAACGUGACAUAUCUAGUUAUUUACUAUAAUAGUAAUAAGAUUAUAUGAAUUUGUUCGUUUGUCUGUGCGAUACUGCGAGGUCCUUUCUUACUCUGUGACUGUGCCUCAUGUCUUCAAAUCUCUUCCACAAUUUGACUUUGCAUUGCAAACGUGAUAUAUUUCCUAGCAACUUGCAUUUGCCUCCUGUAUUAUUUUAUAUGAUAUAUAUGAAGCGGAGGUAUGUGUGUAUGUAUAUAAAUUGAAUUGGAUUAGCAGAUGAAAAACACAAGACAUUAAUUAGAUCCCUCUUCUUAGUUUCUUACACUGAGAGUAAUCAAAAUCAGAUAAGAUCUAGCUAUAUUCCCAGCUUGAUCUGUUCUGUCUUGUGUCUGCAAAUUAAAAUGAUACUGCCAUUCUCAUUUGUUCAGUAUUUGGUACUUGCUCUUCCUCCUCUAUUGGUAUUCUUCAUUAUCCUGUUGAAGAAGAACAAGUCCAUCAACAAGAAACUUCCAUUUCCACCAGGUCCAAGAGGCCUUCCUAUCAUUGGUAACCUUCAUCAACUUGACAGUUUAAAUUUCCAUUUUCAACUCUGGAACUUCUCAAAGAUCUAUGGUCCAAUUUUUUCCCUUCGAUUUGGCAUCAAGAAAGCCAUCAUUAUUUCCACACCUGAAAUGGCCCAAAAGAUCCUCCAUGACCAUGAUCUUGCUGUUUGCACCAGAGCUCCCACACUUAGCCAGAAAAGAAUUUCUUACAAUGCCAUGGACAUGAAUUUUUCCCCAUACAAUGAUUACUGGAGAGAAAUCAGAAAAAUUGCUGCCAUCCAUUUCUUCAGCGCCAAAAAGGUCUCUAGCUUUUCCCAUGUCCGGAAAUCUGAGGUCAAGCAAAUGAUUCAAAAGAUAUCAGCCCAUGUUUCUUCUUCCAAAGUCACAAACUUGAGUGAGAUCAUAAUGUCUGUCGCCAGCUCUACAAUUUCCAGGAUUGCUUUUGGGAGAAUCUAUGAUGAGGAUGGAGCUGAAAAAAGCAUCUUCCAUAGCCUUCUUGUUCAGGGACAGGCCUGUUUUCUAACCUUCUUCUUUACAGAUUAUAUUCCUUUCAUGGGGUGGGUCGAUAAACUCACUGGCUCACUAGCUCAUCUUGAUAAAACUAUCAACUCAUUCGACGCUUUUUUCCAACGAGUACUUGACGAGCACCUUGAUCCUAAUAGGAACAAAGAUCAAACUCAAGAGGAAGAUAUAGUUGAUAUACUACUCCAGCUUAGAAACCAGGGUUCCCUCUCAAUUGAUCUCACUAAUGAUCACAUUAAAGCUUUCAUGAUGGACCUACUUAUAGGAUCAACUGACACGAGUGUAGCUGCAUCUGUUUGGCUCAUGACUGGAUUAAUGAAGAACCCAACAGCAAUGAAGAAAGCCCAAGAAGAAAUAAGAAAUCUUUGUGGCAACAAAGACUUCAUUGAUGAAGUGGAUAUUCAAAAACUCGAAUAUUUGAAGGCAAUUAUAAAAGAGACACUCAGAUUUUAUCCGCCGGCACCACUAAUACCAAGAGAAACAAUUAAGAGUAUCAUCGUAGACGGGUAUGAAAUACCGGCCAAGACAAUAGUGUAUGUGAACGUUUGGGCCAUCCAUAGGGACCCUGAGGCUUGGAAAGAUCCCCAUGAGUUCAAUCCUGACCGAUUCUUAAACAGCGGCAUAGAGUUUAAGGGACAAGAUUUCGAGCUGAUUCCGUUCGGUGCUGGACGUAGAGUUUGCCCUGGCAUGCCACAAGGAAUCGCCACAUUGGAGCUCAUAACUGCAAACCUACUAAACUCAUUUGAUUGGGAAACACCUCCUGGGAUGACACGCGAAGACAUUGAUGAUGAAGGGUUACAAGGACUUGCCCGACAUAAGAAGAAUCAUCUUUGUCUUGUUGCCAAGAACCGUACGUGAAAAUCACUGUAAAUUUCAAUAAUACAAUUUCAUGUUUGCCUUUUAUAUUUGUCUUGUUUACAAGAACCACAUGUGAAACUCACUGUCACUUACAUUAAUGCAACUUUAUUUUGGUCUCUUAUCAUUA